AGGGUCUAGUCGUGGGUUCCCCAUGCUGAGGAAGCCGCCCUCGCUCUCCACUCUCGCAAUGCCGAGCUUCGCGGGCACUCGCGCCAUGUCCGAGAAUACGAUCGCGACAUUAGCUUCGCUGGUUGCCGAGCUGCCUCAGGUGAACCGCGACCUGCUCUACACCGUUGUGGAGCUCAUUCAGGCUACAUCCGCUCGGAGCAAGGAAACACGGAUGACGCUCGGCAACCUCCUACUUGUCUUCUGCCCCAGCCUCAAUAUGAGCCCUCCCUUGUUGCGUGUACUCUGCGAAGCACCUGGUAUCUGGGAAGGCAAACCUAUGUCUGAUCGCUAUGACAGCAUACCUGGUACAGAAGGCAGUCGGGCCUCAUACAGGUCCCGUGCAGAUGCGUCUGAUGUGGCCAGCCUCUACAGCGAAUACUCGGAUGCGCCGCCUCGGAUUAGUUCGGGAGCUGGCGCACGUACAAGCGCGCUCCACGCGCCUGAGCUCGGAUUUGGGGGCGGCUCGCCAUACCAUUCGUCGAACAAUUCUGGCUCUGGACAAGAUGACGCUGCAUCCUACGUCUCCGCUCUUGAUCACCCACCUAGCCCUUCCGACGACAGCUCCAGUAACAUGCCCGCACUCACCACGUCCACCGAUUCCUUGGCAACGCCAUCAACGAUGUCGGAGGCAUCUUCGCUCCAGCCCGCUAUCAUCCCUGAAGACGAGAACCUUUCUGAAAAAUCUUCAUAUCCGACUCCUGGCGUCCCCGUCAUCGCCAACCCAAUCGAUUUGCCCCUUCCCAGCCCACGCCGCCCUUUCGCCAACUCUCCCGUUCCAUUCCCGUCAACACCUUCGCAAGCCGAUAAGUCGGGUACUGCAAGCCCAGUCUCUCCUACCCGCAAGUCUCUAGCACUCUUAUCAUUUCCGCCUUUGAGCAAGGUCGAUAAAUCUGAGGCAAGCGCCAUCGAGUGGUCUCCGACGUGGUCCCAUCGUCAACGACAGAAGCGUCCAUCACUGCAGCUCCUGUUUUCGAAGAGGUCGACUUCUUCUCUGGCGUCUCCAGUCAUCUCUGGGCCUGAGCCGAUAGCGCCACCAGCUGAUAUGGCGUGUAUGCCGAUCGCUUACGCCAGGAAGGAUGGGCCUCCUGCGCUCGAUACGCCCAUUUCAACGUCGCCUCUCGGUCUUUUCGAGACAGAAGAUAAGGACAAAGAGACGCCAGCCGAGAUCAAGGUCGUCGAAUCCUCACCGUUUUCAAGUCCGCUGCCGCUGCCUAGCCUGACGCCCCGUGAGCGCAAGGAAUCGUCCAUUUCGUCUGGCUCGUCGCUCUUCUCAACGCCUCAACAAACGCCAAUCGGCUACUUUGGUGGGCAGUCGCCUUCACUGCUUUCCAUGAAUGCUAGGGUGGACGAGGCCGCAUCAGAUUCGCGCAAUGCAUCGCCAGAUGUUCGUGCGUCGCCAUCACGCAAGUCAGGCGUGCUGGACAUCACUGUGCCUGUUGAGCCUGACGUUGAUUGGUCUGCGAGCAUACUCAAAGAGGCGGAGUCGUCGUCACAGUCGAGCAAGGAGUCGGACCGAUCUCGUACUUGGCGGGUAAAAGACACAUUCAACGUUUUCGGGAGCCAAUGAGCAGGCGCGUUGCGUAAAUUGCGAGGCUGCAGGCAGCCACAUAUCUUCAUGAGGUUCCCUUCAAUAUCUUCAUGGGUCGAUUGAAUCCCCCCGCAUAAUGGUUUGGAAUUCAGUGACGACUAUCGUUAUUAUACACGACCGCGUUCUCACCGCUUUGCACUAGUUUGCGCAUGUCCGACCUCCUUUGGAUUUCACUCUCAAAUCUGACAUCUGGAAAUGCGGACUUACCACUCAUUACUCCUACCAUCCUCAUAGCACUCUCGGCAUUACGACACUAUAAUAUUUAUCGUAUCCAAUUGCAUGUGUGCGAUAUUCGUCAAUCCAUUUUCUUUGCAGUUGUCCU